UCCGUCGUCCGUCUCGUGCUGGCACUGGCACGGGCACGGCAGUUGGCCCAACCCGACCCAGUCAAACGUCCCCAGCCUCCUAAAAUUUCCCCUUUCCCCAACUAACACGACACCCCCCAUUCCGGCGUUCCCCUUCUUCCUCCGAUUGCCCCCAAUUCCGACGCGUCAUCGCCGCCAUGGCCGCCGCGGGCAAGCUCCUCCUCCUGGCCGCCGCCGUCCUGGCGGCGUCCCUCGUCGCAGACGCGCGCCCGUGCGGCCACGCGCAGACGCUCCUCGUUUCCUUCUCCUCCGUCUCCAGGCCCAACCCGGACCCCAGCAACCCCACGCCGCUCACCACCACCGUCGUCACCGUCCUCCGCGUCCGCCGCCUCGGCCCGCACCAGAUCCGCCGCCCCGUGGCCCUCCCCGCCGUCGAGCCGGACGUCGCUGCCUCGUCCGUCCAGGACCGCGCCAAGGACAUCCUCGUCGUCGUCUCCGGCCUCCUCUUCGGCUUCGGCUGCGGCGCCCUAACUGCCGCCUCCAUGUACCUCGUCUGGUCGCUCCUCGCCUCCACCUGCGCCUCCGGCUACGACGACGACGUCUACAGCGACGACGAGGACCAGCUGUCUGACUCCGAGAGCCCCAAGAAGGCCGGCUACGUCAUCAUCCACGACGCCGACGAGUACGGCGCCGGUAAGAAUUAGGGCUGGGGAUGCGUCUUCGGUCUUACCGGGGGCAGCCAAAGGAUUCGUAAUAACAUUGCAUGAUUGCUUGGAAUUGUGCAGUAUACACUGUAACUGUAUGCACCUUUUUAUGUGUGUCGCGUCUGUCUGAUUCUCUCUAUGUAUGUCGUUUGGGGGAAAGGAAAUUUAAGUUAUGAAAUGGAUAUGUUCUUGAUGUGUUCUUACAUCGUCAAACUGAAAUGAUACUUGCCUUGUUACUGAAAAACAUGGAUCUUCUUUGA